UAUCUAGUCUCGUAUCAUCUUCAUCGCUUGUGUUCUCGUUUUCAUAGCAAAGAUGCCAACUUUAAACCUCAGCACCAACGUCCCCGUCGACGCCGUGGUGGCCUCCGACAUCCUCAAGGACGCCACUAAGAUCGUCGCCAAGAUCAUUGGGAAGCCGGAAUCUUAUGUGAUGAUUUUGCUGAAUGGAGGAGUACCCAUGGCCUUUGCCGGGACUGAAGAACCAGCUGCAUAUGGAGAAUUAAUAUCUAUCGGUGGCCUUGACGCCAGUGUAAAUGGCAAGCUAAGCUCAGCUCUUGCAGAUAUCCUUGAAACCAAGCUCUCUAUUGACAGUUCAAGGUUUUACAUCAAGUUUUAUGAUGUUCAGCGGUCCUUCUUCGGCUUCAAUGGCUCAACAUUUUAAUCGAACAAUAGGCUUAUCACAAAGAUCGGUCUCCCGAUAUGAUUCUUACUUUGCUCCCUCAAAAGUUAUAUAGUUGUUUACAAUGUUAUUGAGGGCCGGAAUGUUUGUACUCUUGUGCCAUCAUCACUGUAUCUUCAUUGUUAGCAGUUACAAUGUUUUACUUAUUUGAUGAUAUUCACAGCAUCUAUUGCUGAAAAUUUUCGGCUUCUUCAUUGUGUUGAAUUA